AUGGAGGAGGUAUCCGAGCAAGCGGAGGCCAUUCAACCGGGACCGCAGCAGGUUUUACUUGCGGACUCGUACCCGAAGGAUGAAGGCACAGGUCAAGCCGGCAGUGAGAAUAACACGGAAGCCGAAGAUGACUUCGGCGACAUCAACUGGGACGCCCCUCACUUGGAUAUCACCAAAUACCUCAUCAAGAUCAUGGACAGGCCCGACAAUCUCAUAGGGCGACAGCAGGCGAAGAACAAAAAGCAUAUUCUAUUUUACCUGGGGGCUCACUUGACCUACAAGAUACGCCACAUACUCAAGCGGGCUCCGUUUGCUCUAGGCUUCAAUGACAUGAAGGGAUACCUACACAAGCUCCAUUCUCUCCUCAAGGGAGACGAUGCUCAAGAAAGGAAGCUAUACGUAUCUUGCAGUCCACAUCUCGCUGCGCUCACCGCCAUAAUCGUCCGGUCUAGGAAGGGGCCCCCGGACGAGAAACAGAAUGUGAAGCAAGCAAGGGAUCAUCCGAUGCUGGGCAAGAAUCGAAACUUCUCUACAGCUUUUCCACCCUUACAGGAAUGGAUCGCCUUACUGGACCAGGAACUUGACUUCACAAUCCAAACGUUCCCAGAAAUAUCUCAACUCGAUUGGGAGACCCGAAUGGACGCUCGUGACAUGAAGCCUGCAGCUAGGCGUAGAAUAUUCUGGCUAGACUGGAACUGCCUCGAGCCCGAAUACUGUUUGGUUUUCGAUACCACACCCGCAGAGGUCUUCUCGCCUGCAGGCACCGAUUACGAUCAUAGCUCACUCAUCGACGAGCAUCAGGCGUGGAUUCUGGCCGAAACGUGAUCAGGAGAGACAAGCACAGCUGUGAUCUCGGGGGGGCACCAACUUUAUACCUUUGGCAAUGAAGAUCCUCCACCGGACGACGUAGACC